GUUGCCGAGGAUACAGAUGUAAGCCGAUAUGUUCAGUCUGGCUUAUGGCUUUAUUGUCCAGGAGCUGCACAAUGUUGGUAUAUCUUCAGUGAUAACCUCAUAAAUUAUUAUGAAAAGGUUGACGUCUGUCGGUUUUUACUAAUUGGAGACUGCAGGAAGAAACUUCUUCGUACACCUUAUUUUUUUGGUUGGCAUUAUGCUGUGCUAAUUCUGAACAUAGUGUCAAUCGGUCUGAUCUCACUUGCUACCAUUGCUGUUUUGCUAUCGUAUUUCAAAGCGGAACGACGUCGUAUCGCUACCAUAGCAUUUGACGGUCUCAUCUUCAUGGCCGUGCUAUGUCUCGGAAUAUCUUUAAUGGUGUUUGUAAUAAAUGCUGAAAUGCUUGAAUCAAAGUAUUUAAUUGGCGUGAAGAACACAUUUGAGGUAUGA